AUGUUGCUUCUUGGAGACUAAAUAAAAUUAAUCAAUCCUCCUAUGGCAUACUACAUUAAAUAUUUUGCAAUUAAAAAGGUUCUAACCUACACCAAUAGUGAUUUCAAGGUGCCCAAUUAUACAGUUCUAAACAAACAAAUAACUGUGAUUAGAUAAGAGAUCGAUAAAUUGAGGAAAUAAAAUGAAUAACGAUUUUAAUCCUUUGAAGUAGAUAUUCGGAAUAUUGAGGAUUCAGCAUUGAGACUUUUUAAUGAUAUAGAUGAUUAGGAGAGACAAGGGAAAGAUGAUUUGUGUACAUCCUUUAUAUUUAUUGUGCAUUUGUUUUCUCUUCUAGCCUUUUUCAAGCCUCAUAGAGAUGAUUUUCAUGAAAAGAAGAAAUAUUCAUAAUGUAAAGCAAUAGAAUAAUAUAAUAAAAUGGAGAAGAGUGGGAUAUACAUUAACAAUUAGAAGAUAAAUAUUGGCAUAUUUGUUGAUAGCUAUUUAUUUGAUGUCCCUCCUGAGAACAUAUACAAUUAACCAGCAAUAUAAGGGAUUGAACCUCCUAAAAUUGGAAAGUUUGAAUGGAAAAAAACCUAGCAAAUUGAAAAAUAUGAGAAUUUAGAGAAGGAUUUCAAAAUUAAAAUAAGGGCAGCUAUUUCGGAGCUUGAUUUUAAACAAUAUAAAAAUGCACAAUAAUAAGUUCUUACAGCUAUUGGAUUAUUAGAUGAUUUAUUAAAAUGAAUUUAUCACUAAUUUAACUUUGCCAAUCCAA